UAUAGAUCGUUCAUUCAAUAAAUAAGUGUAUUCAAAAUGAACUACAAAAUAUUCUUCGGAAUCCUUGCGAUUGUAAUUUCGACUAUAAAUUGUGCAGCACAAUUUAAUUUUGAUUUUAAUAAUGAUUAUGAUAAUAAUUAUAAUAAUGAUUAUAAUCAUGAUGGAUUUGGUGUAGAUUGCAGUUCAGACAAUGAUCCAGUUUGUGGAGGUGAUGACGUGACCUAUCAAAACCAAUGUUGGUUCAAUAAAGCCAGAGCAUUACGUCCGUCUUUGUAUGUAGCUGAGUAUAAUGUAUGCAGAGGAUCGCGUUGUACUUGUCAAAAUGAUAAUCGUCUUGUUUGUGCAAAUGAUGGCGUUACAUAUACCGAUAGAUGCACGUUGAAGUGUGCACGAAAUUUCCAUAACUCAUUCCAAUUGAAAUUCGUCAAAUACGGAUACUGUUAAAAUAAUUAUUGAGAAUAAUAAUUAUUAUUGAGAAGAAAACAAUCAUUUUGUUAAAUCAAAUCAUACCAAUUUACUUCUUCAAACAAUCACCGAAUACUAUUAAGAACCGUAAUUGUGGAAAAUUGUAGAUGAUUUAAACCAUUGUAUUGUGAGGAAAGUGGAGUAAAUAAAAAACAUUUUCUUCUCAAUAAAUCUGA